AUGACCUUUUCAGCCUUCAACUCAGCAAGAUUUUUGAUCUGGGACGAGAAUGCUAAAUUAGCCAGACUACACUUCUCUGCGGAUACAGCUCGUAAGUCGACUGGUGGUAAGGCACAUCGUAAACAAUCGGCGAUCAAAGCUGCUUGCAAGACUGCUCCAGCAACUGGUGGUGUUAAAAAUCCACAUCGCUAUCUUCCCGGUACAGUGCCAUUGCGUGAAUUCCAACGAUUAGUUUGUGAAAUCACACAAGAUUUCAAAACAGAUUUAGGUUUUCAAAAAUCUGCUAAGCAAUAA